AUGAUGUUGUCUAUUAAAGCUAAAUUUUUACCAAAUCAAAAAAAAUUUAAUUAUUUAGAAAUAAUACUAAUUAAUAGGUAUAAUUCUUUAAUUAAAAUUGUUUAGAUUAGGAAUUAUGUAAUUUAUUUGGACAUCAUGAAAUUAAUAUGAUUAUUUAUACAAGAUUUGAUUAAUAGUGAGUUUGAGUAUAUAAAAAUAAAAAAUAUUAACAUUUUUUUUGAAGUGCUAAUUUUAGGUAUUUAUGACCAAAUAGAUUAAAAGUAUACAAUUUUCCAUUUUUUGCAGCACAUGAAGAGCCAAAUCUGAUCCUGAUGAUAUUUGUGGAAAAACUAGCAAUUGCUGUACCUUCUCACAUCCCAUAAUUAAGUUACUAAAAUGUAUAGUUGGCACAUGGUUGA